AUGGGCCAGAUUGCCUUCUUCCGCUCCGGCAAUGAGCCAAUCGUGCUCAAUGAACAGCAGCGAAACUCUCGCAAAGAAGCCUGCAUCAAGCAGUUGAUGGAAGGCAAAAGCAUGAACAAUCGAUUCUCACAGAACAUCCCAAACCUGGGAGGCGUCCAGCCGUCGUCCGCCAACUCCGCCACCGAGUCCGCAGAGGAGCUCGCCAAUGGUGAUCGGCAAUCACUGAUCGGACGCAAUAAUGAGUGCGUCAUUUGUAUGGACAACCAAAGAGACUGUGUCCUCCAUCCCUGUCACCAUCUUUGCGUCUGCAUCAAGUGCGGCCGAUUGCUGCUCAAGCGAACUGACAGUUGUCCUAUUUGUCGUCGACCAAUUAGCAAUGCUUUUCGGAUUUACCAUUCCUAA